AUGGUGCACAAUUGUAGCAAAUUCGUCCAGAAAUGCCAUAAGUGUCAAAUUCAUGGAGACUUGAUAAAGGUCCUUCCAACAAAACUGAAUGCUAUGACAUUGCCUUGGCCAUUCUCCGCUUGCGGCAUAGAUGUCAUAGGACCGAUUGAGCCAGCUGCGUCAAACAAGCACCGUUUUGUUUUGGUCGCCAUAGACUACUUCACCAAGUGGGUGGAAGCGGCAUCUUAUGCAUCAGCAACAAAGACAGUAGUAGCGGAUUUUGUGUGCAACAACAUUCUAUGUCGAUUCGGCAUCCGAGAAUCGAUCAUAAUAGAAAGUGGGGAUAAUUCGAACAACCACUUGAUGAAAGAAAUGUGUGCGCAAUUCCGAAUCACUCACAAAAAUUUGAGUGCAUACUGGCCACAAAUGAAAAGAGCUGUAGAAGCUACCAACAAAAACAUCAAGAAGAAUUGCCGUAUGCAAUACAGGGAUAUCGCACAACCGCUAGAACUUCAACCAGAGCCACCCCAUAUCUGUUGGUCUACGGCAUUGAGGCGGUGA